CCCCAAUAACCUUGGCGUCGAUUGGAUCCUCCGUCCGACCUACAAGCCCCUGAUAUCCAGCAGGGGUGUCUGCCAUUGCGCAGCAGCAGCCAACUAGGUGAAGGUGGAAAAUCCACCAGGAGGAAGGAUGCUGCACUAGUCUGUCGGGGUCUGUUUCUUCUGUCAACACUUCCAGUAUUUUCUCUUUCUGCACACUGAAGCCCGCUGGACACCGCCGUCCUUUGCACCAGCUCCCCCACCGUGGUCCGUCUCAGAUAUAUUGUCGCCCCCCCUCCUUAAUCUCCCAGAUUGUCGGCGACUUGCUGCAGUCGAUGCUGCAGUUCUGAGCCGCUCCUGCACCGGGACAGCUGACUCAAUGAGAAAGACAUGCUCGCAUUCGUGUUGGUCUCUGGGUCGCUCUGGAUUUUAUUAGAGCUGAGUUCCACCCUGAUGGAGAAGAUGCAGGCCCAGGAGAUGAUGAGCGGCCUGAGGAUACCGGAGAUGGACGAGCUCGGCCAGUUCUUCCGCUCCCUGCCCACCUCCACGCUGGUGGGCAUUGGCGCUCUGACCGCCGUGCUGGCGUACUGGUUGGCCACCAGACCCCGUCCCAUUAAGCCUCCCUGCAGCCUGCUGCACCAGUCCGAGGAGGUGCCGCAUGAAGAUGGGGGUCGCAGGUCAAUGAUGGGCGACCCCUCCAAACUGCUGACCCAUUACCAUGACGACGCCAGGACCAUGUAUGAGGUCUUCCAGAGAGGCCUUCAUAUAUCUGGUGAUGGACCUUGCUUGGGCUCGCGGCUUCCUAACCAGCCUUACAAAUGGAUGUCCUACAAAGAGGUGACAGCCCGGGCGGAGCAUCUGGGUUCAGGUCUUCUGCACCAGGGCUGCCAGCCCAACCCCAACCAGUUCAUAGGAGUGUUUGCUCAGAACAGACCCGAGUGGAUCAUCUCUGAGCUAGCCUGCUACACCUACUCCAUGGUGGUGGUUCCUCUUUAUGACACACUAGGUGCAGAUGCCAUACGGUUCAUCAUUAACACCGCUGACAUCUCCACAGUCAUCUGCGACAAAGUAGAGAAAGCUCAGGUGCUUUUGGAGAACGUGGAGCGGAAGGAGACCCCCGGCCUGCGAAGAAUCAUCCUGAUGGACGCCUUCGACUCUGCCCUCGUGGAGCACGGCAAGAGCUGUGGCGUCCAUGUGCAGGCCAUGCAGGAAGUCGAGGCUCUGGGCAGAGAGCACUACAGAAAACCUAUACCACCAGCCCCAGAUGACCUGUCCAUUGUGUGUUUCACCAGUGGAACCACAGGAAACCCAAAAGGAGUCAUGCUGACCCAUGGGAACGUGGUGGCAGAUUUCUCAGGCUUCCUCAAAGUAACAGACAAAGUCAUUUUCCCCAACCAGGACGAUUGCCUCAUUUCCUUCCUGCCACUGGCUCACAUGUUUGAGAGACUGAUCGAGUCUGUGGUGUACUGCCAUGGAGGACGGAUCGGGUUCUAUCAGGGCGACAUCCGUCUCCUCCCAGACGACAUGAAGGCCCUGCGGCCGACCAUUUUCCCCGUGGUGCCUCGACUGCUCAACCGCAUGUAUGACAAGAUUUUCAGCCAGGCGAACACCCCAUUGAAGCGUUGGCUUCUCAACUUCGCUGCCAAGAGAAAAGGUGCUGAGGUCAGCAGCGGGAUCAUUCGUAGUGACAGCAUCUGGGACAAAAUCUUCUUCAGUAAGAUUCAGGCCAGUCUGGGAGGAAGGCUGAGGAUGAUUAUAACAGGAGCGGCUCCUACCUCACCCACCGUCCUGGGAUUCCUCAGAGCAGCUCUGGGAUGCCAGGUGUACGAGGCGUAUGGCCAGACAGAGUGCACAGCUGGCUGCACCUUCACCACACCUGGAGACUGGACCCCAGGCCAUGUUGGGGCUCCGCUGCCAUGUAACCUCAUCAAACUGGUGGAUGUUCCUGAGAAGAACUACUUUGCUUCAAAGGGAGAGGGAGAGGUUUGUGUGAAGGGACCAAACGUGUUUAAGGGCUACCUUAAAGACCCGGAGAGAACGGCAGAGACGCUGGAUGCAGACAGCUGGCUCCACACCGGGGACAUCGGCAAAUGGUUGCCUAACGGCACGCUGAAGAUCAUUGACAGGAAAAAGCACAUCUUCAAGCUGGCACAGGGUGAAUACAUUUCCCCCGAGAAGAUCGAGAACAUCUACAUCAGGAGUCAACCUGUGGCGCAGCUCUAUGUUCAUGGAGAUAGCCUGCAGUCCUGUUUGGUAGGAAUCGUGGUUCCCGACCCUGAGGUUAUGCCUGAAUGGGCCAAGAAGAAAGGCAUGUUGGGUACCUACAAAGACCUGUGUAAAAACACGCAAUUAAAGAAGGCAAUCCUUGAAGAUUUGGUGCGUUUGGGCAAAGCCAGUGGCCUCCAUUCUUUUGAGCAGGUGAAGAACAUUUACAUCCACAACGAGAUGUUCUCGAUUGAAAACGGCCUCCUGACUCCGACGCUAAAGGCCAAGAGACCGGAGCUGAAGGAGUUCUUCAAGGCGAAGAUCGAUCAGCUCUACAGCAGCAUCUCCAUGUGAAAGCCGGCGAACCUCAUUUCCCUCCAAGCAUCCCGACUCUAAGAUCUGCUUUGACCAGCGACCUGCAGUGGGACAAAGACGUGUCACCUGAGGCUUAACAUGCUUUUGAAAAGCAAACCAAAACUGGCCCAACUGUAGAGGAUUUGAAAUGCCUAGAUAAAAACGAAUUAAAGCAAGUAAAUGAAAUACAAUGCACAUUGUCAUACGUAUUUCCUUUUGGUUCGUGCAUUUAAUCUACUGAAAGCGUGCGUUAAAAGAAUAAUUAUUUAAUUUUUGAUCUGUAAUAACUGAGUCAGUUUUUGCCUUUGUGACCUGAAUUUCCAUGCCACAUUAAAAACAAAUCACCAAACAUGCAACAAAGUGGUGUAUUGCAUUCUAGUGUUGUCCAGCAGAGGGCAGCAUGGAUUUGCCAAUACUAAAUGCAAAACAUUGUCAUUGGGUUACAUGAGGAGGUGUGAGGAAGCUUUUUCUUUUUUAAUAUUUUGAUGCCAAAAUGAAAAGCAGUCAACCGUCCAAUCACUUUGAGGGAGUUAAUCAAGUGGCUUUUGGGGUUGGGACCAGGAGUGGAGCUUAUCAGAGCUUACAUGAGCUAAUGGCAGCUUUAGCAAACUAAACUGUCCUGUCCUGUGGGCUAGCAAGCUGAAGGAACAUGACUACUGACUGUCUGUUGAGCUACAUCAGAUGCCUGCAAGGUUUAGAGGAGUAAUUGCCUUAAUCUUGGAAUGUGAGACAACAGGAUGAAUGGAUUCUGGAGUGCAAUACAUGGCAUUUUAUUCUGACAACACAACAAAGUGCUCAUUUUAUUGAGAAGAAAAUACCUAAUGUGAUUGUCACUUUUGUACAAUUAGGUUGUUUAUUUAGCCAUUUAAUUUUAAAAUGCAAUACGCCUCUUUUCGUUGAUGUAUAUGCACUGAUUUAAAUGUGGCUUGGAAAAGGAAUUUCACAAUAAAAGACUUCAUUCAGUUAUUUGAGACGAAAUAUGAAACAACUGUUCUUUUAAUAUCCGUUUUUCACUUCAAUGUCUGUAAAUGAGUGCAACAAGAGGACUACUGUACAUAGAGGAAUGGUUCACGCUUGAUUCGUUUUAAUUUAGGCAUUUGAAAUCUUCCGUACAUUGCUACCUGCUGUUCAUCCAAACAAAUCAUUUGCUCCGUCCCCAGCGGCGGUAACUCAGCAGCACAUGAACACUGAGCAGUCCAUUUCUACUUCCCGCCACUCUCUUCUUCUCUCCAUCCGUUCAAACCUACGAGCCAAACGCAGCCCGACACUUGUACAAGAGUAACAAAGUCGUACGACAGCAAGUGUGAUGUCUUUGUGUAUAGUGUAGCUCCAGGAGAUGUCUAAAUGUGUAAUAAAGCUGACACUGUGUAGGACAGUAAUGGACUUCAUCCCCAGUGGAAAACAGUAGAUUUUUCAUUCAGUCAGAAAGCUGCAUACAGCAGUAAAACACCACUCUGAUCUGACACGAGGAUUAAAGCUAUGUCUGACCCAGAUAUCACAACAUACGUCCUUCUGUUCCAGAUCAUAAUUACUGUAAUAAGGUUGAGAGAGUAGUAGCUUUUGCCUUUCAAAUGAUUGCUGUGCACAUUCUUCCACGUAGAGCAUCUCAAUGUCUGAGCCACAUCCGAAUCACAGCUCAUGUCACGUGUUCACUCGUUCAGGAAGUCAUCUCUACAUGGCUAUGGUCAGAAGUCUAGCAUGCAUGCUCCCUGUUAAUGUAAAGGACUGGCCCAGUGUACCAGCCAUCGAGGCUCACACUUUACAGUCGGUACAAUCACGACUUUCUUUUCACCCAUCUUUGCACAAAGAGUAUGUCAGGUAAAAGAAAACUAAAGGAAAUAAUGCAAAACCAGGGCUCAGGGCAAUGCAUGCAGUUUGCCCUGCAAUGCUGAGACCAUUGGCAUUUGACUUGAAAAAGACAAGUAUUUCUUUUGUGGCCAUCAAUAGCAGGUUGUAUGCAGCUGCCACCAGCCACAGCUGCCAGUGCAGGGCCUUGUCACUGAGGCAGAGCUGAUGAUGAAUUCCACUCACCGAAGGCAAAUAGAACGAGCAUCGACUUUUAAACAAACCGUUUUUUUUGAAGGGGUUUACACAUAGAAGUAAUGUAUAAGCUUUUUAAGUUACCGUCCCAAAGCAUAAACAAUGCGGAUGUACAUAAAUGAGGACAGCUAGAUGUAAGCAUAUUUAUUAAAUCAAUGGUUUGAAUGGAUUUUUUUCUCUCUUUUUGCGUGUAGUGAGAUGAAUUGUACUUAUUUAUUUAUCUAUUCUGCUGUAAAAUGGAAUCAGCACCAUAUCCUUGUAAUGAUUGAGUGCAGCAAUAGGGAUGAGGGAGGGUGGGGAACAGGACGAGGGCAGUGAAAUAAAAGACAUUCUGGAAUGAUUUUAAACGAGUGUCUCAUUCCUUUUUUUAAAAAUUGUUUGUUUAACCCACGUAUUGUCCUGCCGGUCAAAAUUGACCCGUUUUAAAGUUUGAAAAUAUGGGAACAAAAUAUAUUUUCACACUGAAACUUCUGAUGUCCACAUUUUCAACAUUUUGAGGAAAUCUUUGAACAUUUUUUGGUUUUAAAAAAGAAAUGUUAAGAAUGUUUCUAAAGAACAUUCACAAAAAAAUCAACCAAAAUCCAGUGAAUUUCACUGGAUUUUGGUUGAUUUUUUUGUGAAUGUUCUUAAAGAAAAUAUUAGAAGUUUUAUUGAUAUUUAUGGAAUUACUUUAGAUAUUUUGGGAUUUUUUGGAAGAUUUUUAAUCAAAUCAUUGUCUGAAACAUGACCCACCCCACCUUCCACCCUGUCAUUUUUACCUAUUUAUUGCAUUUUACAAGUAUCAUGUUUGUUUGUUAGUUUUCAUGUAAAACCUUUCCUGGAAAAAAUCCCUCUGAAAUAUAGAAGUGGAGUAGAAGAAUAAAUACACUCAAGUGAAGUCUA